GUAGAGUUUGAGGAGAAGCAGAAUGAACUUCAAAUUGAGCUCACAACAAUGACAACAACGAAUCCUCCACGUUACCUUCCAUUUCAGGACAGCAUGUAUGAUGGGAAUGGGGAUCAACAAUCAAUGGUUCAGCACACCACUGUGAUCAUCAGCACUGAGCCACCAAAAGACCAUAUUAUCUGGUCCCUCCUCUGCUUGUUCUACUCAAACCCCUGUUGUCUUGGGCUUGCAGCUCUCAUUUAUUCUAUCAAGGCCAGAGACCGGAAGGUGGUUGGAGAUUUGGAGGGUGCACGGCAUUAUGGGGCCACUGCUCGCCAGCUUAACAUCACCUCCACAGUCCUGGUUGCCCUUGGACUCCUGAUAUUCAUUAUUACAAUGAUAGUUGUUUUUGCACGGGUAUCUCGUUAAGCCCUCAAAGUAACACACCCUGACAAAACGCUUCCUUUUAACAGAUUGCAGUGCAUUGCUUGCUGCUGUGACUUUGGAUUUGGAUGAUAAAUAUUA